AUGUGCUGCAACUACUACGGUGGCUAUGGCUGUGGCUAUGGCUCUGGCUAUGGCUGUGGAUACGGCUCUGGCUAUGGCUGUGGAUACGGUUCCCGUUACGGCUGUGGAUACGGCUCCCUCUAUGGCUGUGGGUAUGGCUCCGGAUAUGGCUGUGGCUAUGGCUCCCGCUAUGGCUGUGGCUAUGGCUCAGGCUAUGGCUGUGGAUAUGGUUCCCGCUACGGCUGUGGAUACGGCUCCCUCUAUGGCUGUGGCUAUGGCUCCGGCUAUGGCUGUGGAUAUGGCUCCGGCUGUUAUGGUUCCUGGCCAUUUGUUUACAGAAGAUGCUAUUCUUCUUGCUGUUAG